AAGCUGUGCGUUAAAAGGGUCAUACUCAUCGGCAUUCUGCUGUCCUACUUGCCGCAGCACUUCCGCAUCAUCUCCCGCGGGACAUCCUUUGGCCUCUCUCCUUAUUUUGUUCUUUUGGGCACCACAUCUGCAACAUCCGCCUUUGCCAACAUUAUUGUCCUCCCGCCCAGCAGGACUUGUAUAGAAUGCUGUCCGUCCAUUAGCGGGUUGGCCUGCUCUGCAGGUCUGCUCGGGAUUGCCCAGAUUACAGUCCAAUGGGUGUGCUUCGGUAUCAUAAUGAUCCUCUUCCUCGUCUACUUCCCCAAAGCGACCCCCAACACCCCCAACGUCGACACAGACAAGGAGCCCCCUUCCUACCGCUCUGCCGUCCUCGUCGUCCUCGUCUGCGUGGUCUACACCGUAGCCCUGGCCAUCGCCUCCACGUACAUCAUCCUCGCCCAGCCCGCCAGCCUGGCCUGGAAGUGGGCAGACGCCCUCGGCAUCACGGGCACCGCGCUAGCCUCGAUCCAGUACUUCCCGCAGAUCUAUACCACGUAUAAGCUGAAGAGUCUGGGGAGCUUGAGUAUUCCUAUGAUGUGCGUGCAGACGCCCGGCGGGUACCUGUGGGCGGCGAGCCUGGCGGUGCGACUGGGGUGGGAGGGGUGGAGUGCUUGGAUUCUGUAUGUGUUUAUUUCGACAUUGCAGGGGGUGGUUUUAGGGAUGGGCUUGUAUUUCAAGUGGAAGAAGAGGGGGCAGGGAGGGGAAGAUGGGGAGACGGAGGAUGGUGAUGAGCAACAACAGCACGGAUAUGAAGGCCAGGGAGAUGGAGAGGGGCGAGAUACCGGGAAUGAGAACACACCACUGCUCCGCUCGGAUGGUUAG